AUGCCUGUUUCUUGCUCUGCACCCGGGGCUGACCUAGCGUCUUGGCGGAGCCCGCGGUGGAGCAGCAGCGCGUCCCCCCGGUCGGCCUCUCUCCGGCCUCGGACGCCGGGCUCUGACGCGCUCCGCCCGCGGCUUCCCCCCGCCGCCCCCCGCUCCCCCGUAAGUCCGCGAGCCCGCGCGGCCGGUCCGCCCUGCGCACUCGCUUCUAGGCCCCCGGCGCGACCGCCAGGAUCUUCCGCGGCAGCAGCCGGAACAGGCCCGGGCCGGUGUCCACGCAGCUCUGUCCGCCGCCUUCGGCCUCAGACUGCUCCUGGGGGCUGUAGCACGGACGCUUGUCCGACCUGGACGCAGCGCCCCGCGACCCUGACCUGGCUCAGGACACAGAUCCUCGGCGCCCUCCGUGCCCGGCCCUGCCUCCGAGGCCCGCACCCCGCCCGGGGAGGACGAAGCCAGGACGAAACCAGGUGCUGGAGCGCGCGGAGCCUGCUCUCCCCCGCGGAGCCAGAACCGCCCCGCGAGGACCGACAGAUGGACUUGGGCUCUUCAGCACUUGGCACAAGCCUGGAUGGCAGGGGCCAGCCUCAGACACACUUACCUCUAUGUGCCUCCACCUCGCUAGCACAGAGCUGUGUCUUGGACAUUACUGCGGGCCUCGGCUCCAGAGUCAUUUGGAGGAACAUGUCCCUCGAUCGCGGGGCAUGCGGAUCAACUCCGAAUUCCCUGUCCGAGGGGAAGGAGGAGCGAGACCCAGGGCAGCCUUCCCAGUGGCAGGCCCCCCUCCCUGCCGAGACCUGCUGGCUGGGCUCUGGUUUCCUUAGCCCGACGCUGCCCUGGCUGCAUGCAGACCAUGGUCCUUGCACUCAGUGCCAAGAGGGUGGCUUGGAAAAGCAAACUCUGGAGAGAAAGUCAAAGUCGACUUCAAAGGAACUGGUGGUCUGUGCAGAUGUGUUUUUCCCAGCAGACAGCCUCGAGAGGACCAAAAGGCCUCGAUGGCGUCCCGUCUGCAGCUGA